ACUCUUCCCGGGAAAUUAACCAUGGCCACUUGUAGCAAGAAAUCGGGCACCAAAGUUAAUUUAUUGGGUAAGCGAAAGCCGGAGGAUUAUUUGGAGUUCAAACCGGUUCUAAAGAAACAUAGGGAUAACUUGGAGCACAAGGUUUGUCCGAUUCCUAAAUCUUGUUGGUAUUGCAUAGAUCACAAGGUUUGGUAUGAAGACUACCUUCGACAAGAAAGCCUUCCCAUAGAUGAUUAUGAGACACCUCACGGUUUUGUUGAGCAAGUACUCUUUGUUACCAAUCUCUCUCCCCAAACUAAAAUAUCAGAUAUCAUGCAUUUCUUCAAAAACGUUGGAGAAGUUGCAGUAGCCAUAAGGAAAAAGACGCUAUUUAUUGCCAAUCUCUCUCACAAAACUAAACCAUCACAUAUUAUCAAUUUCUUCAAAGAUGUUGGAGAAGUUGUUCAUGUUCGACUUAUUGUAGACAAUAAGGGCAAGCUUGUGGGCUAUGGCUUUGUUGAGUUUGCUUCUACUAACGAAGCAAAGAAGGCACUGGAAAAGAAGAACGGUGAAUAUUUGCACGAUCGCAAGAUUUCUCUUGGAGUGGCUAGGAUAGCUCCACACCCUACACCCAAGUAUUGCAUAGAUCACAAGGUUUGGAACGAAGACUACCUUCGACGAGAAAACCUUCUGGCGGAAGAAGAUGAGGCAGUGGAAGGACUAGAUGAAACUCCUGUUUUUGUUGAGGACCUUGCGGUAAGGAAAAAGACGCUCUUUGUUGCCAAUCUCUAUCACAAAACUAGACUAUCACAUAUCAUCAGUUUCUUCAAAGAUGUUGGAGAAGUUGUUUGUGUUCGACUUAUUGUAGACCACAUGAGUGAGCGUUUGGGCUGUGGCUUUGUUGAGUUUGCUUCUGCUUACGAAGCAAAGAAGGCGCUGGAAACGAAGAUUAGUAAAGCAUUAAUGGGUCAAUUUAUUUUUCUUGACAUGGCUCAGAUAGCUCUAUGCCCUCUCCGACCCAAGUACAACCUUGCAGAGAAGCUUUGGUACGAAGACUACCUUAGACAAGAAAGCCUAGACGAUGACUUGGAGACCAAACCAAAUAUGAAGAAACAGGAGGUACCUUUGAUGGACUUAUUCUGCGGUAAGAAGAUUACCAUCUCUGACGAUGACAGGUGCAAUGGUUGUUAUAUUUGCAAACAAGAAGGUUAGUCACGCCUUGUUUACGAAGAUCAUUCACUUGCAUCAGAGGAGCGAUGAUGUUUCCACAGAAAUCGUCGUAGAUCAAGGUCUUGUAACAUUCCUCGUUUGGAUUCAUAGGUUGAUUCAUGUUCAGCAUCCGGAUUACACAUUCUGCAAUCGGACGAAAUUAAAAUGUCUAUCAUAAU